GGGAAUGUUGACGGUGUAACACCAGACUAGAAAACAGGACGCCGCUCGCAUCGCUUCACUGUGAAUUUCUAGCUUCAUUUUCAGCCAGAUAAUUUAUAUUUUACCCACCGUAAAUGAGUUGCAGAGGAGACAGUGAUGAUGACAGCUGUGGUAAACGGAGAGUCGCGUAUGUUUACAGUUCGGUUUACAUCGAAACUUGCGACACUUUAUCCAAAGUGCCAAACCGGGCGAGUAUGGUCCACUCACUGAUAGAAGCCUAUGGGCUGCUUGAGCAUAUGAGCAUUGUGAAGCCUCAUCUUGCCUCCAUAGAGGAAAUGGCCAAGUUCCACACAGAUUCCUACCUGGAGCAUCUUCACAAAAUCAGCCAGGACGGAGACAACGACGACCCCCAGUCAGUCGACUAUGGCCUGGGUUAUGACUGUCCAGUGGUGGAGGGGAUAUUUGACUAUGCAGCAGCAGUAGGGGGCGCUACACUGACCGCAGCCCAGUGUCUGCUGGACCAAAAGUGUGAAGUGGCCAUCAACUGGGCAGGCGGCUGGCACCACGCUAAGAAAGAUGAGGCGUCAGGUUUCUGUUAUGUAAACGACGCUGUGUUGGGAAUCCUCAAACUGAGGGAGAAAUACGAGCGAGUCCUCUACGUGGACGUUGACCUGCAUCAUGGAGAUGGUGUGGAAGAUGCCUUUAGCUUCACAUCCAAAGUCAUGACCGUCUCUCUGCAUAAGUUUUCCCCUGGAUUCUUCCCAGGUACAGGUGACCUGUGUGAUACAGGGCUGGGUAAAGGUCGUUGGUACGCUGUGAACGUCCCGCUGGAGGACGGCAUCAAGGAUGACCGAUACUACCAGAUUUUUACCAGUGUGAUGCAGGAAGUGCGUGCGCAGUUUAACCCGGAGGCGAUUGUGAUGCAGUUGGGUGCCGACACGAUGGCGGGCGACCCCAUGUGCUCCUUUAACAUGACCCCAGUGGGGGUGGGCAAGUGUCUGCAGUAUGUCCUGCAGUGGCAGCUACCUACACUGCUGCUGGGAGGAGGAGGUUAUAACCUGGCUAACACAGCUCGGUGCUGGACGUACCUGACGGCAGCCGUGCUGGGAAAGACUCUUUCCUCUGAGAUACCAGACCACGAGUUUUUUACAGAAUACGGACCUGACUACUCGCUGGAGAUCAGCCCGAGCUGUCGGCCAGACCGCAACGAUGCCAAACACCUGGACCAGGUCAUCAGCACCAUCAAAGGGAAUUUAAAGAAUGUCGUUUAGGAGCCGGCAGCCUCAGCCUCCUCCACACACACUCACACACUCUCACACACACACACACACACCAUGUUUCCAAACCAGGUCGAUGCUCGCCGGCUUUAAUGAAGACAAUAUGGAGCGGACCCCUUCGGCCCCGAGGCACUGGAGCGAACGAGGGAGGGAUGAAGGCAGGAAAAAGAGCGAGAGAAGGUUUUGGAAAACAUUAGCUGAGUGUUUCCAGGGGAAAACAGUUUAAUAAGAGAGGGACAGGAGGGGGGAGACAGAGUGGGUGGUGGUGGUGGGGGUGAUGUGGUCGCUGUACAAUGUUCACUGUUUUUAAUCCUUUCUUUUUUUUGUUGAAAAGUUACGUGUGUUUGUGUGAAUGAGAGAGUUUAUGGUAUGUUCAGUUCAGUGUGGUUAUGUAAAACUGAAUUAUAGCAGUUUUUUUACAGUCGGUGCACACACCCCCAAGUUUUUUGGUUUUUUUUGGUAUCAAGGGAUGCAUUUGUGUGCGUCCUAUCAGUUGCACAUUUUAAAACUAAAUGGAAAAACAGAUUUUUCAGGUGUCCAGUUUCACGUUCACCCCGGUGCUGCUGUGAUUUCAACCCCCCUGAGGACGAGUAAGCACUAAAACAGACAUAAAGCAAAACGCCCAGUUGUCCUUGUUAAAAAAAAAAGUCCUGAAAAGCAUGUGAAAUGUCUAGAGAAACUUGGAAAGUUGACAGACAGUCUGGAAAAGUUACAGAUAACAGAUUUUAAGUUGGUUUGCAGUAGCCACAUGGUUUUGACCCCAGGGCAAAAAUCUGCGAAUUAAACAUCUGGAAUUUUAAAUGGAAAAUAUGUAGGGAAAGUUAAAAGGGUUUUUUUCCCACCACAGACUGACAAUAACAAAAGAUUACAUGAACUUUAAGGAGGAUUUAGACAGAAACUGCAAUCCUGAACUGGUUUAACUGGCACGACUGGAGAUGUAGGUGAAAUCCAUUCAUUUCGGGUCAGUGAACAAAUAUGGCCGCUGUGGGUUCCUCAGAAGAACUGGAAAUGAAAAUAUUUUGAGGUUUUUCAAACUGUGUAUCAUUCUCAACUAUACCAUCAUAUGGCCUCUACACUAGGCCUGUGUAUCCACUGCCAGUACUUUGACUGUGAUGUGUCCAUUCGCAGCGAAUUGAAAAUCAUCAUGUACCAAAAGUUGGCGUUAAAUGUCGGCUCUUGUUAGCUUAAUAUUUGAUCAGAUAGUAGCUGAUUUGAAUAAUAAUUUGGCCAAUUUUAAACUAAUACUCAAGUUCUCACAACAUCGAACACAAGACAAUUGACAUCUUUUGGGAAAUACCAAAACAAGCUAACACUGGCUAACGCUAUGUUGCUAACAUUAACAUCAACAGCUGUUUACUUACUAAGAGCUUCAGCCAUUGUUGUGUUUACAAGACGAGGUUAGAAUACGUCCUCUUGUUAGCGCUACUUCUUCAUCCUCUCAUGUUGGACUGACGGCAAAAUGGUAUUACGAGAUGGGUCGAUGUUAGCUAGUUAGCAUGCUAACUUCAGUAGAAGAGCUGAUAAAAACAUCAAGAGUUGACAUUGGUGUUGCUUUCCACCUCUGGAGACAGCUCUUGGUAAGUAAAUGAAUUAAGGUUGAUGCUGAACUCACAAUGUUUCAAAGUAAACAGCUGUUGAUGCUAACGCUAUGUAGCAAUGGCAAAAACUUACACAAAGCACCUUUAAGAAUUGUUAACUUGUUUUUUUGUAAUGGCAGAAGUAUGAAAAAUUUCAAAUGAUACACAGCCCUUUACCGACACAGCAUCACUCUCAAAACUGAUAGAGAUCUUUUAACAUUAACUGUAAUAUUAACUGCCAUGGCAUUCUGUUUAUAGGUUAAGAUUCCCUAAAUAGAUGCAAAGUGCAUCUGAUUAUUUCCAUGUCUGGCAACGUUUGGAAAACAGCAAAAUCUUGUUUAAUCCCUCCAGCUGUAUGGGUUUGUGAUGUGGCGUUCUCAAUGUGGCAGAGUCACAUUGCAAAGCUUCAGCAGCAACACAUCAAACUGAACAGUGACCAAAAAUCUCCAAAUCCUUCUAAUGAAGGUGAGGUGCAUGUGGGAUUUUCACAUUAGGGAGGAAAAAGAAGUGAAGGCUCAGUGUUAGCAUCAUUAAAUGCUAUUAAGAAAUGAAUUGGAUCAUCAAGUGUUGGAAUGUGUGAUUGUACUAAUAAUUUUAAAGAUCCACAGAGUUUCAGCUUUCAGCUGCAUGCUGUGGUUUUCCCCAGCUUCCAACUCCAUCAGGGGCAAGAUGUGGUCAAAAGCUCCAGAAAAAGUGUAUGUGGACCUUGAAUAAAGACCUUUUUUUGUUAAUGUGCUAUAACUGUUGUACCUAAAAACAUUUUCAGGCAUUAAAAUCCUUUAUUUAAGGUUCAUACAUCAAUAGUUCUAUGUAGUUUUUUUAUUAUUAUUCUUGCAUGUUUUUUAAGUAGAAGUAGAAAAACUAAAGGAAAAUCUUGCAUCUUAAAGUGCUGCUGUUAAUUCUCAAUAUAUUGUCUGUGACAACACUUUACACAAAACUGUAAACUCACUUCAGUGUCUUUUGACCAAAACCUUCAAACCCACUGCAGAUAAACAUGAAAUCUUGUGUAGGAAUAUCUCAGAAUUGAAAAGAAAUUAACGUUAACUGUUUUUUUUUAUGUUUAUGCAUCAUGUUUUCACAGAAUUACUUUUUUGUUUUUUAACUGUCAGAGUGGUUUGAUGUACAUACCACGGGGCGCUUUGUUGAAAUAAAAGACAGGAGAGCAUGUUGUUGUCAUGUGUCUCUGCUGCGUUUUUUAA